GCAUCAGUCUCGUGUAAAUUGUAAUGAUAGACGCUUGUGCCGUUCGUUGCUAAAUUGUUGCGUUUAGUAUCUUUACUUUAAACUAAAUUCCAGUGAGUGAUAAAGGAAUAACAUUCUUAUUGAAGAAUCACCAGCAUGCCUUUCAAAAGAGUAUGGGAUUCAUCAUGCCCAAGGGUCUGGGACCAGUGGGAGGACAAUGGCACAAAGUGGGUCAUUAGAGAUUUGCCGCCUGAAGACGAUGAGCUGGCGAUCAAGAUACUGGCCGAAAACCUCUGUACUGAUGAAGCACUCUGCGAACACAGUAAACUUGUCGAAGACCCAGUAAGCGUACGCAGUAUGCUGGACUUCUGGCGAGGAUAUUUAAGUCAGCGGAUGUCCUUGGCUUGUUACGAAGAGAAGAAUGGACAAAGUAAACUGGUCGCCUUGAACGUCUGCCUCGUUGUGUGUCAAGGGGAAAAGACUAAUGAUUUGAUUGAAGGAGAAAAAUGGAAGAACGUGUACGGUGCAUUAGAAGUCGCUGAUGAGAAGGUCGAUGCGUUUAAGUGUUUGGGGCUUGACAAGUACCUCUAUGCUCUUGGUUUGGUGGUCUCAAGGGAAUAUCGUGGAGCUAGACUAGGAUCAAGGAUAUUGGCUGCAAGGAAACCCCUGAGUUUGUACCACGGCAUCAAAGGCACGUCUACAGUGUUCACCGGCCCGGCCUCACAGAAGAGUGCGGCUAGAGCUGGAUUCACUACACUCGCUACAAUAACGUUUAAAGAACUCGCUGAAGCUGGCCUAGACUAUCCAGAAGACGAGAGCAGAGCCAUCAAAGUUAUGGCUUUGAAAUACGAGUGAAGAUUUUACGAAAGUAGAUUGAAUGCCGAUGCGAAAUGAGGCUUCAAAUGAAGCAAUUUAGAUAAUAAGGAGAAAUAUAAUGUUUAUGUAAUAUCUAUAUAAUAUUACACAAUUUGUAAACAACUCCAUCUAGUCUCAAACUAAGCAAAGCAUGUAUUAUGAGUACUAGGCAACUGAUGAACAUACUAUAAGCAAUAUACACAUUUGUCCUGGGUAGGAAUCGUACCCACGACCUCCGGCGUAGCAGUCAGGACCCCUAACCACUCAAACAAUAGGACAGUCAGUAAAA